GACUGGAACCCAUGGACAGACUAAGAGAUAGACAGAAACAGAUAUAUAAAGAAAUAUGGAAACAGACUAAAAAGAGCCAGAGCCAAAGAUAGAGAGUUAGAGACAGAGAGAGGCAUAUAUUAAGUGUUCACUAUAUGCCAGGAAUUGACCUGGGAAUUCAAAUAUAAGAGGGAAAAAAUGAUAUCCUUUCUCUUAAAGAGUUUAUAUUGUAAUGAGAGAAGACAAUGAUUAGUUGGUGAGAAACAAAGAUAGUUGGUGAGAGAAAGGGAAAACCACAUGAACAUGAACUAGGAGAGCCUGGAGAACCAGGAGUAGAGCCUUGAGAAAGCUCGAACACUUCCUGAAAUGGUAUAUGGUUCCAUCUUUAACAUCAUUCGUGGAAACCCCUUCAACCUGGAGGUGCUGGUGGACUCCUGGCCAGACUAUCAGACUGUCAUUACCCGGCCUCAGAAGCAGCCAAUGAUGGAUGACAAAGAUCAUUACACAAACACUUACCACAUCUUCUCGAAGGACUUCCAGAAAUUGCCAGCGAUUCUAGAAUGUGAUAGUGUCAUCAACUGGAAACAAAGUCUCACAAUUGAAGGUUGCCAAAAUGGUUUAAAUGAAAAGAUACAAGAUGUUGUGGCUUUCAAGUCAGUAAAGGUGGAUUACUCCAAGAGGUUUCUCUACAUGACAGAAGAUGUUUUCAAAUUCAUUGCCUCCAAUGCAAGCAAGCUGAUGAAGUCAAAUGAAGUAGCCAGUUUAGAAAAUGUGACAUUUAAAAGAACAAAUAACAAUUUCAAGCUUUCCCUGUUGGAUGUUUCCCAUGCUGAAUUUGUGAAUAACAACUGGAAAUAUAGGCAGAAUGAGAAAAGCCUGAGAUUUAUCAAACGCUGCCUUCAAAACUUCCCUGGAUUCUAUCUGCUGGAUCCAGAAGGGAACCCCAUAGCUUGGACUAUAAUGGAACACACUAAUGAAGUGAGGAUGGGUUAUACCCUACCUGAAUAUCAAGGCAGAAGAAUUACACAGUGGAUGGGGAUUAAUUGUAUGCAAUAUCUGAAAGAGACCAAUAUGCCAUUUUAUUGUCAGGUGGAGUCGAUGAAUGAGAGCGCUCAUAGAUUAAUGAAGUCUCUUGGUUUCCAAUUGUUGGAUAGUGGCUGGCAUGAAUGGAAAUGUGUGCCAGUUGAAUUUUAACUGCCAUUUUUCAACCCAAUUACCCUUAUUUCUAAACUCUCUUCUCAAUUCUUGGGGUGGCCGUGGGAGACAUCAUCCAUCAGUGUCAACUAACAAUUAUUUGGAAGUCAACAAUUUGUUCCCUCUCAAUAGAUAUCAACACAUGAAAAUUUCAGGAAAAAUACUAUUCUUGGAAUUAGAAAGGUUUGAAUUCAAGUCUUACUUGUUUCUAAUAAGAUGUGUGAUCCUAGGCAAGUCCCUUCAACUUUCCAGGAAGCUAUAGAAUAAGGGACUUGGACUAGUAAAGUGAAAGCUCCUUCUAGUUCUCCCAUUCUAGGCUUCCACAGAGUUUUACAUAGACAGGAUGGUAUGAUGGAGAUGGACAAAACUGGUUAACUUGUUGCAGUCCCAUAGCCACAUUUCCUAAAUGGCUCUGAAGCUGGCAAAAAUCUUUUAAAACAGUUUUUUAUUUUCAAAAUACAUGAAAAGAUAGUUUCAAUAUUCACCCUUACAAAAUGGUGUGUUCCAAACUUUUCUCCCUUCUUUCCCCUGCCCUUCUCUCCUGGACAGCAAGUGAUCUAACAUAU